ACUCUUCCUCUUCUCCCACUCUACAAAUAUAACCCUCCCCCUCCCUCUCUCUCUCUCUCUCACACACACACACUCAUAGCUAGACAGGCCAUAAACAUGGAGGCCACCGCACUUGUGCUCCUCCCUCACAGCCACAGUGGCCUCACGGCCAGAGCACCGCCUUGCGUGGGUGGAAGCUCCGCGAUGAAGAGGAGCUACGUGAGGAGGAUCAAGCGGAGCUCCACGGUGCGAGGGGUCAUGGCGAGGCCACAAGAGGCGACGCUAGCUCGGGUCCCGGCGCCGGCGCCAACAAGGCCGGUGAGAGAGACGGCCGCGGCCACGACGACGACGAAGACGGUGUACCACGACACCUGGUUCGACAACCUGGCCAUCGGCUACCUCUCCCGGAAACUUCAAGAAGCUUCUGGGAUAAAGAACGGAAAACAUGGCUACCAAGGAUUAAUAGAGGCCGCUGUGGCAAUCUCCAGAAUCUUCAGGCUCGACACGCAGUGCGAGAUUGUGGCCGGCGCUCUCGAACGAGCAAUGCCAAGCUACAUCGUCACAAUGAUAAAGGUGAUGAUGCCACCUUCAAAAUUUUCCAGGGAGUACUUUGCUGCCUUCACCACCAUAUUCUUCCCUUGGCUGGUUGGACCAUGUGAGGUCAGGGAAUCUGAGGUCGAUGGAACGAGAGAGAAGAAUGUGGUGUACAUCCCCAAAUGCAGGUUUCUGGAAAGCACCAACUGUGUCGGUAUGUGCACCAACCUUUGCAAGAUCCCAUCCCAGAAGUUUAUGCAAGAUUCGCUCGGAGUUUCUGUGUACAUGUCACCCAAUUUUGAAGACAUGAGCUGCGAGAUGAUCUUUGGACAGCAACCUCCUGAAGAUGACCCAGCACUGAAGCAGCCCUGCUUCAGCACAAAAUGUAUCGCGAAGCAGGACUAUGGUGUGAGUUGCUAGCAUACUUGAUCAGAUAGAAAUCAUUAAUGAUUAAACACUCAUGAAAUAUCAGUGAAAUGCCCACAGCUCCAUAGUUGUAUUUUUCUUGAGAAACUUGCAGAAGGCAUUUUUAAUACAUUCAACUAUUACGUCAAAUUGUUACCCAGAGUGGUCUAAGAUGAAAUGAAGAGCAGCGGAAAUCAUCAUAUCACUCAGAGCAAGAAAUAUGUAACAUACUAACAUCACUUGGUGGAUCAUGUUGUAUACUUAUAGGAUGCGUAUAGCUGUUCGGUAAACACUUACCUGGUUACCAUUGAUGUGCGUCCACAUCAAGUACGGACCAGUAACAGAAGAAAUUAGUUCAGAUCGUUGGUUCAAUCUUUGUAAGAACAAGACAAAGUCUGCUCGGACUGUGAAGGUUAAACGAGUGUAAUCAUCUGAGCUCUGGCAAAGCAAUCGAAGACGAGACAAUCCAGGACAAGGCUACAAUUUGGUAGAUGGCAAGAGCAAAAUGAUCGAGGGAGUUGUGUGCAUCACUGAAAGCGCAAGUUUCAACAUGAAGGCCUUCAUAAUACUACUCCAUUUUGCUGUUUCUUUAGUUUCUUGUAGUUUACUAGCUUAUCUCGUCUAUCUGGCACAAAGUCUCUUGUUCACAACCUUGUAAAAUUUCAAGCCAUCUUAAUAGGAAUCUAUUACAAUUCUCAGCUAA